AAGUUUUACUAAACUGUAAUUCACAUAUCAUACACUUACUUACAAUGUAUAAUUAAACAGCUUAAUCUAUCCACAGAGCUGUGCAACCAUAAGCAUAAUACAUUUUAGAAAAUUUUCAUCACCCCUAAAAGAAACCCCAUUCCCAUUAGUCACUCUCCAUUCCCUUCAGUUCUGGGAAACCAAUACUCUACUUUGUCUCAGAGAUUUACCUGUUCUGUGAUCUUUGACAACUGAAACUUGUAUUGUUCAUUACUAAUCUCUAGUACCUAGGAAAGUGGCUGGCACAUGGAGUUCAAUAAAUACUCAGUAGUGAACAAGAUAGACUAGGUCCCUGCUUUCUUGGAGUUUAUAUUAUAAAAGAGACAAAUAAAUGAAAAGCACCUACAUUUUGUUAACUGUUGCACAAUACAGACUGCACUAUAAUAGAGGAUAUUGAGAAAUCUAUUUAGUGAAAUCAGAGGCUUCUCAGAGAUGAGUUCUCUUAUGCUGAAACCUCAAUGAAUGCUGGGAAGCAAACAGCCAUGAAGUGCCCUGGGAAGAGAACUCCCAACAGAGAGAAGGGCACCUGAAGUCUGAGAGGCUACAAAGAACUCAGUCACUACAGAAUAGUAAAGCCAGAGGAUGAGAAAGUGGUGGAAAGGUAGACAAGGACCAGAUUAUACAAGGCUUUUUAGGGAUGGUAAUGGGUUCCUAUUUAACUCCAAGUGAACAGGCAUGACAUUAAAGUUGUAUGAUUUAUUCCUUGUGUAGAGCCUUACUAUUCAAACCGUGUCCCCAACCAGCAGCAGUUGCAGCAGCAUCACCUCUGCACUGUUUGUAAUUGCAGACCCUGAGGCACCACCCCAGAAUUAAGAGUCUCUACUUUUAAUAAGAUCCCCAAGUGAUUCAUGCACACUAAACCUCGAGAAACACUAGCGAAUGGAUCAGGAGAAAGAACAGGAGAGGGGAAACCAAUAAGAUACGUUAGUCCAAGUGCUGCCUGUGUAAGAGUGAUAGCAGAAAGGAAGAGCAGACUGAGUUAGGGUGUGUUUUGGAGAUAGCUGGUUUAGGUCUCUUAGCCAAGCGGAGAUUUCAGUAGGCUGGUAUCCAUAUGAACCUGGAUUUCUGAGAAAAGUUUAGGAUUGGAGAUACAGUUCUGUUGGUCUAUUGGGUAUCCUGCUUUUGAGUUUCAAGUGUUGCUUCAUAGUGUUUUAUACUGACAAAUGUUUGCAUGUUGUCAUCUUUAUGGAAAAUAAGGCAUGCCUUUAUGAAGGUUGUCCAAGUCCUCCCCUCUUUCACUUUGAGGUCCUCUGUUAUGAGACAUUUUUCAAGUCCUCAUUAACCCCUUUACACACACACACACAUUUUGAAUGUUUUAAAAUUCAAGGCGCACGGCUGAUCAACACCUUGCCUUCUCUACAGCCCCUAGGGUUCUCCACACCCAAAUCCUAACUAGGAUGGAUAUCCUCAAGUCUCUCCAGUUUCUAGGUACAAAGCAGACUGGCAAUUCCUGGGUUGGUGGGUUCAUUUCUCUUGGUAUACAAUUCUCUAUUCUUAAAAAGGACCAAUGACUUAGGCGCCAAUAGGGGAGACCCAUUUGUAAGCCAAAAGAAGGAGCAAUUUCUUGCUUUAUCACUUCCUUAAUAAGUGGCAUGCUGAAUUUCAACUUAACGGUCUUCCCUAUACCAUUUCUCUCAUCUAGGCUGGUUUUGGCAAAAGUUCAGAAAUAGCCAUGGUAAAGCCAAUGAAUACGUCUUAGGAAACAGUUCAUGUUUUGCUGGUGAUUUCCAAAGGCAUAAGCAUGAACUGACCCAUAGUCUUGCAAUCUAAACUAAAUUAAGCUUUGUUUGUAAGACUGCACUGGUUUGGUCAGCUCAGAGAAUUUUCAAGGCUGGUCUCCCAUUUGUUUUUGAUUUUUAACAGUUUGUUACAAUUACAAAGGCAAAAGGCCUUUCCUUUUCUUUCUUUCUGCGGUACGGGGAAUGGGAAACGUUCUUGCUAUGCUUUCAAUUCUCAGCCAUUGGUAAUCUAGAGAUUAGUACCACAGCACCCGAGUAUCAGUGGGACUAUUCCAGGAUCCUGCCUCUUUUGGUUAAGUUCACGAGGCAGGGAAAACCUAGCAGGUUUCUGGUUAGGAAGUGAUGUUAACAUUUGCAACGGCAUUCCUCUAUUCAUACUUGCCUUUUCCCCUCACUGUGAACUUACUUGAAACACUGCUGCUACAAGAAAUUCUCUGAACUUUGGGAAGAAAGUUCCUUCCCAAGAACACCAUACAUCCAUCUGAAGGGGGUGCCGCCAGUGGGAGUUAUUUAAAGGGCGAAAAGCGGAGGGUUUGCUCCAGGGCCGAGAUCGGGUCAGGCUAAGGGAGAGCACGGCGGGGCUAGGUCGGUUUGGACCCGCCUCCUCGGGCUCUGCGGGGCCCAGAGGUUGGAGGGAGGAAAAGGGCAGGCCUCCACGGCCUCCAGGUGGGAGCGGCACGGUGGGCGGAGGGGCUCGGCGCCUCCUCCCCACUUGGGACGUGCGUCCAGGGAGAACCGCCCGGGUCCCGCUCCUCCCCGCCGGCGGGGGGAGCAAAGGGGCAGGCGGCCGUGCUCUCAGGCUAUAAAGGGCCUUGGGCCGCCGGGCUCGCCUCAGCGUCCUACGGCUCCGCCCUCGCUGCCUUCGAGCUCCGUUCCCGCUCAGGCUCCGCUCGACUUCUCGGGCCUCGGCUACCCGGGCUGCGGCGGAAGAUGGCGGCUCCGACCGAGUCCUCCGAGGCGGCGCUGGCUGCUGCCUUGACUGACGUGCCCGAACUAGCCCGACUUCUGGAGGUUGACCCGUACUUGAAGCCCUUCGCCCAGGACUUCCAGCGCAGGUAUAAGCUGCUUAACCAGAUUUUGAACAACAUUAGAGAGAAUGAAGGUGGUAUCGAUAAGUUUUCCAGGGGUUAUGAAUCAUUUGGCAUCCACAAAUGUGCUGAUGGUGGUUUAUACUGCAAAGAAUGGGCCCCAGGAGCAGAAGGAGUUUUUCUAACUGGAGACUUCAGUAAGUACCUUGAAAGCAUUCAAAUCAGGAGUAAUAUUUUAUUUAUGCAUUUAAAAUAUAGACUUGUUAUAUUUUAUAUAUUUGACUAUAUGAAGAUUAAUGAUUACAAAUAUCCUACUUUUCAAAAAAGCUGUAGUAUUUAUUAA